CAUUAAUAUGUGUUUGUAUGUUCAUGUGCGCACACGUAGCGCGUAAAGCAACGACAAGUGACUAAAGAGAAGAAGACACUAAAAUUGUAGUGUCGUCAAAGCUAUCACGACAAAUGUUUUAAUUAUUAUUUUUUCAUUUUGCUACAUUUAUUUUGUAUAUUAGGGAAUAAUUCCUAAGAUUUUGUAGAAGGAAGAAAUAAUUAGAAAAAGAUGUUUCGAGAGGGACAAUACAUAGAAGUGAUAAAGCUGUGGGUGUGUUUUCAGGCUUCAGACAAUUGCGUGGCGACGGUUGUCGUUACUGUGCAAGAACAAAUUAUUGAAAUAAAGAAGAAAAAGAUAUCUACCAACAAGUGGCUCGAUCUCGAAGAUUGGGCGGCGGUUUAUAAAAUAUUGGAAAGAGUCAUUUUACGUAACUGCAAAAAUGAUAUUAGCGAGCAAUGCCGUAGAAAAUUCGAAGGGUGUCAAUGGAAAAAAUCUACAAGACAAUUAGAGAUAACAUGUACAAUUGAUUCCUUUGAAUGGACCAAAGAUACAUCAUUGUUAACGAUUAGAGUAAAUGUAUCACCUGCAAGAAGAAAGUUAACAAAGAAUGAUAUACAUGAACAAAGUUCGGGUGAUGAAAAGCCAACUUCUAAAGAAUUAGUAGAUAAUUUAAUAAAGAAGGAAAUAGAUCUAGAAAAACCUGAUAAUCAUAGCAGUUUGCAAAUAGAACAGUCAAAUUAUUCUCCUGAUCAGGCAUUAGAAGAGUAUGUACCAGAUUCACCUAUAAAGAAAAAUUCUCCUCCUUUAAAAUAUAUACCAAGUAGAAAAAGUACACUGCAGAGUAUGCAAAUGACAUCUAAUGAAUAUACACCAGUGCAAUCAUGUAAUGAUGUUUUGGAUAAUGUUCCAUAUGUACCUAACUCCAUUAAAAAUUUCAAUGCUUCUUACGAAGCUUAUGAACCUCAUAGUAUUACUUCUAUGGAAUUAGUAGAAGAAUAUGUACCUAAUUCUAAAGGUAUAAAGCCUUCGGUUGAAGAAUACGAGCCUAAUUUUAGAGGAAAGUUAAUGAAAUUUGAUGAAAGUUAUGUACCAUCCAGUGUACAAAUUUCAAAUGAGAAUGUAAAAAGAGUACAAAAGAUAGAAAAAUUAAAGUCACGUAGAAAAGGAACACUUAUAAAUAAAAAGAAAACAGAACUCGUUUAGUACGAACAGAAUGGAUUGUAUAAACUGAUCAUCGUGAAAAUUACUUUUGAUAAAUGAAUUACUUAUAACAUAAGUGGGUAUGUGAGUGUGCGUAUAAAUAUAUAUAUAUAUAUAUAUAUAUAAAUAGUUUUAUUAUAAUAUUAAUAAAAAAAUAAUGAUACUGUAUCGCUUUAAUAAAAUGUAUAUUCUUAGAAUUGAUAUUAUCAAUCGAUUCUCGAUGAUUUUUUAAAUCGUUUUCGGUUAAGUCUACAAUCGAGAACUUAAAAAAUAUUUAAUAAUAGAAUCAACUUGAUUACACGUUUAUUCAUUAUUAUCUUCUGUCUCAGAAGUUGGUUCGUCGAUCAAGUUUUGUAUCGGCUCGCAUUUAUUUUCGUUUAUUUCAUUUAUAAUUUCUUGUGUUUCUUGCUGUUGCUGUUCUUGUUCUUGUUCUUGUUCUUGUUCUUGUUCUUGUUCUUCUUCUUCUUCUUCAUCAUCCGUGUCAUCAUCAGCACCAGGAUGAGCAGGAACUUUAUGUACUGGGCUACCAGUUGUUUGCAUACUACCUGGUUUUUGCCACAUUUUUUGUGAUUCCUUAUAUUGAGAAAGAAAUAAAAUUUGAUUAUAUAAAUGUAAUUGUACAUUCAUUAUAAAUUAUU